UCGACCAGCGCGCGUACGUCAUCGCAGGAGGCUGACGGGGCCCUUCGCACAACCAGAGUAUGGUGACGUGACGUCACGCGGUGACGUCAUGCUCGUCUUCAAGGCCCCGCCCCUUGGGCGCCCUCUUCCUUUCAAGCCGGGCGACAUGGCGGCGGAGCAGGGCGAGAAGAAGGAGAACCCCAUGCGGGAGCUGCGAAUUCGCAAGCUCUGCCUCAACAUCUGCGUGGGCGAGAGCGGAGAUCGGCUGACCCGCGCCGCCAAGGUGCUCGAGCAGCUCACGGGACAGACCCCCGUGUUCUCCAAAGCUCGCUACACUGUGCGCUCCUUUGGUAUCCGGAGAAAUGAGAAGAUUGCGGUUCAUUGCACAGUGCGUGGAGCCAAGGCAGAGGAGAUCCUAGAGAAGGGCCUCAAGGUGCGGGAGUACGAGCUGAGAAAGUCCAACUUCUCAGACACGGGGAACUUUGGCUUUGGCAUUCAAGAGCACAUUGACUUGGGCAUCAAGUACGAUCCGAGCAUCGGCAUCUAUGGCCUGGACUUCUAUGUGGUGCUGGGCCGACCCGGAUUCUGCAUUGCUGACAAAAAACGCAAGCGUGGGCGCAUUGGAUUCAAGCAUCGCAUCUUCAAGGAGGAAGCCAUUCGUUGGUUCCAGCAGAAGUACGAUGGAGUGAUCUUGCCUGGAAAGUGAAGAUCCCUCACCGGAUCCUCAUUGUACUAAAUUCAAUAAACACACACAACAUA